AUGGCUGAUGACGACCUCGAAGUAUGCGACGACAUCACAGACCCGCAAUACCAACACCCACCGCACCCCAUGCGAUCAAACAUCUUCUCCGGCGGGCCAGGCUACCUCGUUUCCCACCCCUCCCUCGGCGGCAUCGUCAUCUCAACCCCCUCAUCCAUCGACCUACACCACCUAAACCUCCCGCGCACCCACGACACCAAAUUCACUUCCUUCUCCAAAAGCGAAGAAGACGACCUCGCGCAGCGCAUGCUCCUCCUUGGCGGGCACUGGUGGCCAGACUGGGCCACUUACGCCAGACACAAAGAACGUCUCGACAGCGGCACCGUCUACGACUUUCACUUGCCCCCGGACGUGUACGUCGGCUAUCCGUCCAGCGGGGGCGUGUGGGUGGCCAGGUACGUGCCGGACCGAGAGCACUUCCGCCACGGCCAGAAGCUCUCCCUUCCGCAGCGGCCACCGGAGUGGAACCGGGUGAUGCACCGCGUGCUUACGAUGGACGAGAAGUGUGAAGCGUUGAAGGCGUUUGGGGCUACGUUCUAUCCGCGAAUAGAGGACUGCGUGGACCUCCCGAAGUCUAUGGAAGAGGGUCGUGAAGAGUUCCAACGAUACGAGAAGAGCUUGAAGGAUAUGGAUGACGGCGACUACCAAAGGCGAUGGUACCUGAGAUUUCAUGGUCUCGACCAAGAUGAAGACGUUGAUUCGAGGACCACGGAACCUCGCAGCAAAUGGGGCUGCGUGAUGUUUUGA